AUGACAGACAGCGCUGCCGCACAACCACCUCUGGGCUUCCUCGCCGUCGAAGUUGACAUCUUCAGACCGCCAGGAGAUCCCUACAAUGACAAGACCUGGCCUUUUCCACUUAUCCGUGAAAAGGUCACCGGCACCAGUGAAUCUCAAAUUGUUACAAGCACUGCCUACGACGAUGCUUUUAUUGAGCGAUUCGUCGCUGCCGGCCAGCGAUUGGCUGAGAGAGGCGCUGUGGGAAUAAUCACCAGUUGCGGAUUUCUUGCAAUGGCCCAGAAAAGGUUGGCAGCACGUUUGCCGAUUCCUAUCGCGACAUCAUCUCUCAUGCAAGUGCCAAGUCUCCGUGCCCUUAUUCCUGCAAAUAAGGCCAUUGGAGUCUUGACAUACGACAGCACAAGGCUUGGAGAGGCCCAUCUACUUGCGCUCGAUAUUAAGCCAGAGGACGUGCGAAUGUGGGGAACCCCUGAUGACGGUCAUCUGAGAGGUAUCUGUGCUAGAGGUGAAAAACCAAGCCAGGGCAAUGACGUCUCGAUACCCUGA